AUGCUACAGCUCGUUGAAUGGACACCGCCCUUCAAAGUGAAGGCCUAUUUAGAUCUCUUCCUGAAGAGCAUUUUCUGUGACGGUUGCGCCUUUCUAAAGACUCUUCUUGCAAACGACAAGAUUGAUCCUUGUAUGCAAGUAAUCUACGGACUAUCUAUCGCACCUUGGUACCACCGUUUGUGGCUUCGAACCAAAAUGCAUUGGACUGGCGAUUGGGUGGGUCUGGCAGUUUUGAAUUCUAUCAGAGGUUUUUCCAGCGUCGAACAGCUUGAAUCUCAUAUCUUGCGGAUCAAAGAAUUCCGGAAUAGGGUAAUGGAUAGUCUCCGUUCUGAGUCCAUCGAUGUUAUUCUCUGUCCAGUUGCGGGUUUUGCUGUAGCUCUUCCAUUGCGUCCAUCCCACUCAACCACCGGAAUGUUGGCAUUCCAGAAUCUGGCAAAUACCCUCGGCAUUCCUGCUGGAACCAUGCCUUCGGGUUGUGUGGUAGAAAAGCGUGAUAUUGAAGUGCUGAGGCAAGCUGUGGAAGGAAAGGAAAUCAAAGCGGCGAUGGAUAAUACCGAAGAAAAUUUCUACACGGGUUAUGGUAAUCUUUCGCCUCUCCAUCGUAAUAUGCUUCCACUAGGCUUCUACCGCUCUAAGGCAAUGCAAACUGGAGGUUUUGCGAACUUGCGAGUUCAAUCGAUUAUAUGCGCCGUGCAUCCAACCACCCUAUCUGACGAAUUGUGGGUUGCUUUGAUCGGUUUCAAACAAAGCACUUUGCAGUUGGGUACAGCUAUCCAUAUACCUGCUGAUGCGUCUCUAAAAACGAUUAAUUUGUUUCUGCAACAAUUGGAUUGCCUCUGUUUGGAGCCUGUAUUGCCAGUUCUAUCGCUUGUAUUGGUAAGCUUUGAAUCCGUGACUUCAAACUUUGCAGGUACAACUGACCCGCUCUGUCGCUCAAUGCUAUAA